GCACACUAGACUCAGCCAAAUAUACGUAGAAGACGACUCGAGUGCACCCCACCUUCGGAGAAUCGUCAUGAUAGUCGCAAUAACCGUCUUCGAAGCAAAAUAACGAGGAAAACAUGAUCAAUGGUUUGGACAGUAUUAUCAACACUUUUUAUCGUCUCUUUACUUUCUAGAACACAGGAGUACAGCCCUGUCAUCCCACGGUCUGGCCGCCGGGGCGAGUAUGCGAGGGAAUUGUGCCAUGCUAAUGCUGGGAUUUUUUUUUUUUUUUUUUUUUUUUUCUCGGCUUUUUUUGAAGGACAAACGUUUUCUAGGUCGUUUCGUUGGGCAGAGAUGCAACCUUGGAGAGCACAUCUUUAUGGGUUUCGACUUGUUGUUUUUAUAUAGCAACAGCAUCAAUGCCCCUGAAUAUUCUAAGUCAAUAGUAGUCUUAGUAUACACGUAUUGCCGUUUCUUCUUGGUUUUUUUUCAGCUUAGAUACGUU